AUGCACCUACGCCUUGCUCUCAACACCCCAGCGCCGCUCGCGAUGAACCGGCCCUUCCGCCACACGGCGCGCCCGCUGCAGUUCAAGAUCGAGCCGUUCCGCAUCCGGCAGGAGACGGACCCGCAAUAUGCAGAAAAGAUGUGGACAGUGAUUGACAAGGCGAUCGACGACAUUUUCGGGCAUAGCGCGUCGGGUCUGAGCUACGAGGAGCUGUACCGCAACGCGUACUACAUGGUGCUGCACAAGUUCGGCGACAAGCUCUACGCGGGCGUGGAGGGCAAGGUCCGCCACCGCCUGGCGGGCGUGCUCGCGAGCGUCUCGGCCGAGGACGGCGCGGGGCUCCUGCGCGCCACGAUCAAGCACUGGGAGGAGCACGUCAAGGCCAUGCAGACCAUCCGCGACAUCCUCAUGUACAUGGACCGGACGUACGUGGUGCAGGCGGGCCGCCCGGCUGUGUUUGCUCUCGGCGUCUCGCUGUGGCGGGAGGGCGUGGUGCAGCCGCUGCACAAGCGCCUGAUCGACGCGACGCUCUCGAUGAUCCAGGCCGACCGGCGCGGCGACGCGAUCGACCGCCCGCUCCUGCGCUCCGCGGUGCGCGUGUGGGCGGACCUGGGCGCGCAUGUUUAUACCGAGGACUUCGAAGACCCCCUCAUCGAGGCGACCGCGGCGUUCUACCGCGACGAGGCCGAGGCGCUGCUGGGCGAGCGCGACUGCGGCGCGUACCUCCGGCGCGCGGAGGAGCGCCUGACGCAGGAACAGGCCCGGGUGCAAGAAUACCUCGACCCGUCGACGGAGGGCCGGCUCCUGCGCACCGUGCAGGCGGAGCUCGUGAACGCGCGCAUGGCGGAGCUCGUGGGCAUGGAGAACACCGGGAUGGCGGCCAUGCUCUCCGCGAGUCGCGCGGAGGACCUGCAGCGGAUGUUUCGGCUGCUCUCCCGGGCCCAGGACGGCCUGCGGCUGAUGCGGACCGUCCUCGGGCGCCACGUCACGGCGGAGGGCACGGCGGCGGCGGCGGCGGGCGCGGCGGCGGCGGGCGCGGCCGGGAGCGGCGCGGGAGACGGGGAGGACGCGCGGCGGGAGCAGAUCGCGCAGGCGCAGCAGCAGCGCGCGCCGGCGGAGCUCGUGCAGGCGCUGCUGGACCUGCGCAUCAAGUACGACGGCCUCGUCGCGACGGUGUUCAACGGGGACCGCCAGUUCCGCUCCGCACUCAACGCCGCGUUUGAAAAGGUUCUCAACGCGGCGUCUGGGUUCGCGGAGGCGCUGUCGCUGUACAUCGACGCCAAGCUGCGGAAGGGCAUCAAGGGCAUGUCGGACGAGGAGGUCGAGGGGGUGUUGGAGGGGGUGUUGAGGCUGUUCCGGCACUUGCAGGACAAGGACCUAUUUGAGAGGUAUUACCGGUCGCACCUCGCGAAGCGGCUGCUGUCGGGCCGGACCGUCUCGGACGACGCGGAGCGCUCGAUGCUGCAGAAGCUCAAGGCGGAGUGCGGGUACCAGUACACGUCGAAGCUCGAAAGCAUGUUUCUGGACGUGCGCACCUCGGCGGACACGCUGCGCGCGUUCCGUGCGCAGCGCGGGGACGCGGCGCGGAUCCACGGCGUGGACCUCACCGUGCAAGUGCUCACGCUCGGGUCGUGGCCGUCGCGGCCGGAGGGCGGCGCGGGCGACGCGGCGGCGGCGGCGGACGCGGUGCAACCGUGGCUCCCCGUCGAGGCGCAGGCGUGCUGCAAGGAGUUCGCGGACUUCUACCUCGGCGCGCACUCCGGCCGGAAGCUGCAGUGGCAGCUCGCGCUGGGCACCGCGGACGUGCGGUUCGAGGCCAACGGCAAGCGCUACGACCUGGCGGUGUCCACGCACCAGAUGUGCGUGCUGAUGCUGUUCAACGACCGCGAGCGCAUGACGCUCGCGGAGAUCCGGGAGGCCACGGGAAUGGAGGCCGGGGACCUCGAGCGCUGCCUGCAGAGCCUGGCGUGCGUCAAGGGGCGCAACGUGUUGCGCAAGGAGCCGAUGAGCAAAGACGUGCGCGAGGGCGACGUGUUCUCCGUGAACGACAAGUUCGAGUCAAAGCUGAAGCGCGUGCGCAUCGGGAUGGUGGCGGCGCAGCGGGAGGGCGAGCGGGAGCGGCAGCAGACGCUCGAGGUGCUGGACCAGCACCGGAAGCCCCUCGUGGAGGCGGCGGUGAUGCGCGUGAUGAAGGGGCGCCGGCGUAUGGAGCACAGCGCACUGGUCGCGGAGGUCGCGCGGCAGCUGGCGCCGCGGUUCGUCGCGCAGCCGGCGCGCAUCAAGCAGUGCCUGGAGAGCCUCAUCGAGCGCGAGUACAUCGAGCGGGACGACGGGGACAGGAGCGUCUAUACGUAUAUCUCCUAA